AUGCGUGGUAGUGCUCCCGAACCAAUUGCAUUCACGAUCAGGAUGGGUCUGGGUAGUUGGCUAUUUGGCAAGGGCCAGCAGUACCGCGGUGUGUUCCUGGGGCUAGACUGCAGCGGGAAAACGACUCUGCUGUACCAGUUGAAGCUGGGAAAGGCAGUCAGGACGAUACCCACUAUAGGAUUCAAUAUCGAGACAAUUGUGCACCACAGCGGUUCUAAAUUUGAGCUGUUAGAAGUCGGUGUUAUGCUGAAUCCUUCAUCCUCUGUCUCAGGAUGCGACCAGAUGCGACCGCUGGUCAAACAUUACAUCACCCCGGAAUCCUUCAUAGUCUACAUCUUUGACCUCUCUGAUAAAGAGCGCAUGGAUGAAGCACUAGCUGAUUUCACAUCCGCACUGGAGAUGAUCAAACUGAUAGGGUCUCAAUAUGUUUGGGUUGUAUUCAACAAGCAAGACAUUUCCCAAUCGAGCAAUAAUGCGAACGACCAGGAGAGAGUCACUGCCAAACUGCAACAUGCAGCGAUCCCAUACAGGGAACACAUUUGCCUCACAGUCUUGAAUCUUCCCGGCUUCAGCGCGGAGCACGGCACGCAGACCAACGCGAUGUUGGACGAGAUACAAACAACGUUAUCUAGUUCACUCAACACAGCUCCGUCAGUAUCCAACGGCUCAUCCGAAAGUAACCCACCCCCGUCGCAAGGAAUUUCCAACGAGGAGCUGCUCGAUCGGAUCCAGAAGGCAAAUUCGCUCUCACUAGAUGCCGGUACUUUUUGGGAUGCAUUCCUGACCGGCCAACUUGAAGCAUGGGAUCACUAUUCACAUCUAAGAGCUGGGUAUCUAGUCAUUCUCAAGCAGUAUCCUUCAGCAAAUGGCGUGUUUCAUAGCUCGGACGCUUUCAUUACACACCUAGAACGGCUCAGAGCGACGAAUCCGCAGAGAUUCAAGAACACCACUCACAGAACAAUGACAGUUUUUUGGGUUCUCCAAAUCUUCAGAGCCGCAAGUAAAUAUCACCUCGACAAAGGCUUACCUGGUCCCCCAACACCGGAGCAGUUCGGUGCUGUACUCUCCAACGAACCAACCUUGAUGGAUUCCAGUAUUUGGAAACGGUAUUAUUCCAAGGAUCUCAUGUUCUCCCCAGAAGCAAAGGAGUCCUGGCUUCCGCCGGAUCUUCGGCCGUUCCCACCGACGAUUGGAGCCAUGGACUCAAGCGCUGCUACCAAUGAGUCUUCAAGCAACGACGAACACCUGCUCGAGUUCGGAUUCACUGUUGCUCAGAGCGCGGCUAGAUCAGGUGUCCGCCGUGGAAAAGUCGUCAAGCAGGCUCUGGAAACGCUCGAGGUGUCCACUAUACGUCGCAGGGCAGUGAGCCAGACUGUAUCCCCCUACUCUGAGACACAAGCAUAUUUCUGGAUCCAGCUUGCCACUGCUGCCUUGGGCUCUCUUGCAGGAACUGGACGGGGCACCGAAGGGGAGGCCUCCCACCCCGUCUCGGCGAUGACGUUUGCAGAGUUCAAAGAAAGGUCGGGGCUCUCCGGGUCGGCGUGGAAGGAGUAUUACUCAGCGCCCUUGUGGGAGAGCAUAAAAGCUCGCACUAUCUUCACCAACUCGGACUUGAAGCCCUUACCAAACGUAAUAAGGAGAUAG